UGAUCUGUCGGUACCAAGCUUAGGAUUUGACCAAACGUACUGUCCAGAACUUCCAGAGUACCCUCAGCUUGACCCCUGCUUCGGUCAGCAUGGUGUGACUCGCUGCCCACCAGAUCCAGCCCUUUACAAUGGGCUACAAUUUCCGGGAUACGCGCCUAACUGGGCGCUUCCAGCAGCCUACUGGGACCCCCUCCAGAAGCCGCUGAUCCUCUCACCGCCGAUAUCGCCCGAGUUUCAGUCUCACCUCGACCCCCUGGAUCCAAAGCAGUCCCCCUCAAACCCUGAGGCCCCCUCGAGCUACCCCCAAUUCUACUCACCAACUCCGCCACCUCACCAGCACCUCUCUCACCACCACCACCACCCGCCAAGCCUCUCUCUCCCCCCCUUAAACCGUCAAAACCACCCCCCUAUCACGUUCCCCCCACACACCCCCCUCCCCACUCCCCCUCUCCACCGAAAGCCGCCCCGAGUCCCCAAUCACCCCCAAAAGUCCGAAAACCUCCCCCAUUCGACCCAGACCUCAUCCACCUGGGAGGAAAUCGAGAUGUCAGGGCAGUACCCAGGUCACAGCAGACCUCCAGUGGGCACUCCCCCCCCUCAAACAGUCUGGAAUCACUUGACAAUGACCCAGGGUUCAGGCUUGAACCUCCACCCAACAGCCCUCACCGGAUCCUCCCUGAAUCCAGCGAAUUUCUACAGUCACCCCUCAAUGACUCGAUCAAGCCACUUGAGCUCUCAACUGACCCCCCAACUGGCGCACACACAGGCCCCACCAACCUGGCACACCCCGACAGUCCCCUCUAAGUCCGUAAACUCGUCAAAUCCCCCUGGCAACCCCCUCUUCAGCCUCCAGAUGCUGGUGGACAAUCGCCAGAGCCAGAAUCAAUUUCGUGUCUCCCCAGGUGCCCAAAGCACCCUCGACCUCUCCUCGACCUCAGAACUCCCUGAAAACUACUCACGACUGCCCCAGGACAUCCCCAUCAGUCUGACAGCCCGAUCAAUGGACAAAAGCUCCCGAAAUGGCAACAUAAUAUCCCCUCCGAUUCCCCUGAACGGUGAGACAUCCUCAGACUCUGGUAUAUCGUCAUCAGUGCCCACUCCCAAUUCAAUAAGUGAACCAGUCUCUCUGUCAACUAAGGAGCCCCUGCCAACGCCAAAAAUCAGUGUCAAGAAUUUUGAGAGUAAUCUCAAGGGUGUUGCUAAUCUUCACGAUAAGAUCAAGGAAUUGAGUGGUGAUAAUUUCACCCAGAAGGUGAUUAAUUUACCUCCAAGUGUCACGAUUGAGCGUGUAUCUGGUGAUAAGAAAGAAGAGCCAGUUAAAGUUAAAGAUUCGUUGAGUGUGAUACCACAGGGACGCAAUGUCAUGCCAGUUAUUGUUAAUUUAACAUCGAGAAUGGAUAAGGAUGUUACUGACAGCCCCAGGCGGGAGCCGUCGACUGAACGGGAUCGAAAGGUGGAGGAAUUGAAUGUUAGAUCACCGAAGAAUCUCCCCAAGAGGGGGAAGAAGGGGGUGGACUCACUUCUGGAGAAGCUUGAGGGUGGAAACAAGAAGCUGGGAACUGAGAACAUUGGGUCAGUGAUUGUGACACCAAUCGACGACAAUAGGGACACAUCUAGUGUCAAGAGCAUGUCCCCAGAACGCAGCUUCGACAAAUCGUCAAAGUCCCCGACGAGGGAGGAGGACGUGGUGUCACCGGCCUUCAGCAAUGACGACUCCAACGACAAUACCAAACAGAGGAGGAAAAGGAAACUGGAGAAGCCUGUGAGGCUGAGUAAAGACUCUAAGACAGAAGUUGAAGACAUGGAGCUGGAGCCAACUGAACCUAGGGAGACCAGGAUAGCUGAAGGAGUGGCUGAGGAGGGGCAGCCGGUAGAGGUCUCACCAGGUGAAUCGAAGCCAGAGGAAAGCGAGAAGGAGAACAGAUUAUUAGUCGAGGGAGCUGAGGAGCCGAGUGAGACGGGAAGAGAAAAGAGCAAGGACGAGGAGAUUUCUAAAUCUGGGGAGAACGAGCCUGUGAGGAGGAGAAGAAGCAGUGAGGGGUACAGUGGUAAUCCCACACCGAGGAGUCCAAGGACCAGGAGAAAAUCCAGUGACGAUGUCUCUGAACUGAAGACCUCGAGCCCAAAACGAUCUGCCAAUGCUAAUCCCUUUAACGAGGUUGAGUCGGAACUCGAGAAGAUGUUUGCUGGGAUCGUUGAGCCUGAGAGUGAAGUGAAAAAGGAGGAGGUGAAGGUUGAAGACGUGGAUGAGGUUAAGAGUGAAGGGGUCAAGGUGGAGAGUGAUGAGAAGGGGGAGGACGAGCCGAUGGAGGUGGAGAAGACUUCACCUGUCACGUCGACUGUUGAAGCUAAACCAGCCCCCAAGAGGGGGAAGAAGGGGAGAGGGAGAGGGAAGAAGAGGAAAGUGGCUAGGUCGGUGGACCCUUUGUUCUCGGUUGAUGAUCUUCCGGUUAAGGAGGUGAAGAAGAGGAAAACUAUGAAGGGGGGGAAGAAGCAGGAGGUUGGGAAGAAGAAGAAUAAGAACUUGAAGACGGAUGGGGUCAGGGAGAUGGCGUAUGACUCUGGGUCUAAUGCCAGUUCGAUAAGGUCUAGGGGACCUGUGGUGCACGUGGAGGGACCCAGGGACAGUCCUCUCAGUGUUCAGGUGGUUAAUGCUCCGAGGGAGGAGGAGGAGGAGAAGAGCAAGGAGAAGAGGAAGAGUGUGGGGAAUGGGAGUGCUGGGAGGAGCAAGAGACUCAGUCAUCAGAAUGAUCUUGAUUAUCGUGGGAAGGUUAGUAGAGCUGGAUUAUUCAGUUCUACAUUGUCCUCUCGGUACGACGCACAUACGACAGACUCAACGUGGAUCUGUGUGUUCUGCAAACUCGGUCCACACGCUGUUGUCCCUGGAGAUCCACUCAGACCCCAUCCCAACUUGGCUGGGCCUCAUAUAGCCCCGGGAACUUAUGUUGUGCCUGCCGGGGUCCUCAGUGAUCUCUUUGGGCCGUAUCUCAUUGGCAAUGAACGACUCGAGGAUGGAAUUCUGUCUGCUGAUGAGCAGGAGAUCAAUACUGAGCAGAAAAAGGGAGGGAAGAAUAAGAGGAGUCUGAGGUAUGCUGGGCUGGCCGAUCAGUUCUCAGCGAAAAUGGGGAAGAAGAAGAGGAACUCGGUGGAGGCCACUGCCACCAUGAGCUACUCGGGGAUGACGCUGAUUCCUGGGGAGGAACAGCGGUGGGAGGUGUGGCUGCAUGAACAGUGCGCUGUUUGGGCCGCUGGGGUUUAUUUGGCUGGUGGAAGGGUCACUGGACUUCAGGAAGCUGUCUGGGACGCCACAAAGUCCAUUUGCAAUGCAUGUGGUUUGAGUGGAGCCAAUAUUGGCUGUGUUAAACGUGGCUGCAAAGCUGUCACACAUUACCCCUGUGCACUGACAAAGGGCUGGCUACUGGACACCAAUCAGUAUAUCCCAAGGUGUAACCUACACAGGGUCACGUGAAAUAAAUUUCAAAUCUCCUCAGAUGAUGAACAAAAACCAAAUGAAUAAGCCCCCACGAAUAGCGUUUGGGCUAUGGACAUUUAUCAAUUUCUUGUAAAUGUACAGUGAAUAUUUGUACAUUUUCUUUUGUUUUUGAAAAUUUGAGAAUGAGGGAGGAAUUUAUUGGGGACAUGAAGUCCCAAGAAACGAUCAAACUCGAGUGUGUGAUAAUUGUUCUCGAAGAAUGCAAGGGAAUUUAACAUUUUUGAGGGAAAAUUGUGAAUGUUUGAGGGCUCUUCGUUGACUGGAUUUAAUUGACUUUCUUGGCCCGUGGCCUUGAACAGUGGCCUUUUUCGAUUUAAUAUUUAAAAAAAUGAGGGGUAAUGAAAACGAUGGAGAAAUCAAUGAAAUUUCUUUCUUUCGUUAUUCAAUGAUGUUUAUUUAUGAUUUUUUGUGGGUUAAUUUGGCAGCUUUUUGAUGCAUCUGUUACUUUUUUCUCUGGAUUCAACUGAUUUUGGUUUAUUUUCCUUUGGCUUUUAUUUUGACCUCCGUCGUGAUUAAAAUGUCAGGAGAUUGAUCAAUUUGCGAACAAACGAAGCCUCGGGCGAUGAGAAUUUCUGAGAAAUUUUUUCAAUCUUUCGUCUUCUUUUUAGUUCAUGAAAUAGUCAUUCAAAGCUUUAUUGUCAACUGAUUUGUAUAAAAUUUCGCAUGAGUUUAUUUUGAGUGAUUGCACAUCAUAGUUUCCAUCGAGAUGAAUUCAACAAUGAAAGUGCAAAAAAUAGUCUCGAGACGGGAAUUCGAAUGUUUUAAUGGUCCAGAAUCACCAAUGAUUAUUUUUUAUUUGGAUGAAAUGCAGUGUCUAAUUAAAUUAAAAUCUACAAUCCAUCGAGACUUUCAGGUAUACCGACCGAGUAAAUAGGAUUUUUCCUUAUUUCCUUUCGACAUAAUCUUGUAUAAAAACUAAUGUAUAGAACCACAAUGUAAAUAGCAUUUAUCGUGUAGACGGAAAACAAAUAUAUCUAUAUUAUACAUAAUUAUAUAUAUGUAUCAAUGAAUAUGUGGACUUAAUGAUAGUGAUGAGAAAAUCCCUUGUGAGCUCGUAGUCGUAAUUAUUUCUAAAUAUUAGAUACUAGUGGAGAUGGAAAUAUCAACAACAGAGAUUAAACAAAUUUCUUGUAAAUAAAUAGUCGAAAUAGAGUGUGAGGUAAUGAAUAAAAUAAAAUCAAUAAAAAAAUCAUUGUGAGGUGAAUGAAAAAAAAACUUAAUGUGAAUGAUAGGUGUGAAUGAGGGAAUUUUCUGCGGCGUCCGAAUAAUUAAAUUAGCAUCUCAUUCAGGAGCAUUGAAAUAAUUUAGUCAAAAUUACAUGUAAAUCAUUUAACAUGAGAAAUCACCAAUUUUCGUGGAUUUGUAUGGGAAAAAAAACGUUGAAUAAAAACAAAUUAUAUAUUUAAAUGAGAAAAUAUACGGAACAAAUUUAGUCAGAGUAAAUUCAGAAAAGGGACAAAAAAAUGAUGAAAAAAUAAAUAAUGACUACUAAUGCUUAGAUUUAAUAAGGAAUACAUAUUACAUGGAGAUGAAAACGCUUAUAUUCUACAUUUGUGGAAGGAUUUAAAAUUAUUGAAUGAAGAAUCACAAGAGGAAUUUUAUCUAAGAAGUGUAUAUUAAUCAUUGUGAUACGGAAAACGAACAAGGGGAAGGUAAAAAUUAUUCUGGAGCACGAAGACAAUUCCCCAUUUUUUGCCCCGAUUCAAUUUUUCUAGUUGACUUUGUUCUCAAUACAAUUUUAUAUCAGUGAAAUACAUGAAUAUGAUCGCCAAACGCACACGAAAAAAUUUGUGUCGAGUGCUCCAGAGUAAAAGCGAAUAUCUUCAUUUCGAUAAUGUUCAACUGUAUAAAAACGAAAGAAAAAGACUAAGAAAAACUUAUAAUUUAGAGACAAUUAUCAAAGGUCAUAGGCACGAGGGUAAUCCCAACAUCCCAAUUUUUGGGAGAAGCCUAUCCCAAUUUGUAUAAAGACCGAUAAUAAGAAUGAUUAAAGUGAAACAACAACAGAAAAUUUGUAAGAUAAAAAUAGACAGAGGAGAGUACUGUUUAAUGGCGCCGUCUGGAAGAGUAGAGGAAGUUUAAUAAGAGACUUUACAACCCGUAGGUGAAGGCAAGGCCUUCAUACAAGAAAUAAGAAGACAAAGGAGAAGGAGAUAACAAAUUAUGUACUGUUUAAAAAUCCAUAGGUUUUUAACUUCAUUACUUUCUAUUUUAAACCCAUCUCACCCCUCCUCCCUGCUCCCCUCCGUUUUAUAUUAUUUCUCUCUAUCAUCAUCAUGUAGAAAAUAUUUAAUUAGGAUUAAUAAAUUUUUCAUUUCCGUGACCUGGUUUAAUGUUAGUCGUAUGAGAUGAUUAAAAAACAAAGUAACAUGUAAAAAUGUUUCUUUUGCUGUCUAUUUAAUUACAUAAUGAUUUAUGGAUUCACAUGGAGGAUUGUAACUUGAUAAUGAUUCAAGUACUUUAAGUAUACAGACUUUGUGUAACAUAAAUAUAAUGAACUAAUAAAACACGAUAAAAAAUCUUGGAACAAAU